CGAAAACAACCAUCCAGUUCAAAAGGCAUUACUCAACUAGAAGUUCACUACCCAAAUGUCUCCAGCUGCUCACUCAACAACAGACAAGAAACAAUCAGGUCUCGCAAGAGUCUUAGGUUCUGCCAGUGCAGGUAUCUGUGAAAUUGGUGUCUUCCAUCCUGUUGAUACCAUUUCCAAAAGAUUAAUGAGUAAUUCUACUAAAGUUACAAAUUUAUCUCAAUUGAACUCAGUUAUUUUCAGAGACCACGCUGCUGAAGCUUUUGGUAAAAGAGUAUUCACUUUAUUUCCAGGUUUAGGUUAUGCUGCUGUUUAUAAAAUUUUACAAAGAGUUUAUAAAUAUGGUGGUCAACCUUUCGCUAAUGAAUUUUUAAACAAAAACUUCAAAUCUUCAUUUGAAGAUAACUUUGGUCCAAAAACAGGUAAGGCUUUAAUGUCUGCCACUGCUGGUUCAAUCAUCGGUAUUGGUGAAGUUGUUUUAUUACCUUUAGAUGUCUUGAAAAUUAAAAGACAAACAAACCCAGAAGCUUUCAGAGGUCGUGGUUUCAUCAAAAUCUUAUCAGAUGAAGGUCUUGGUUUGUAUAGAGGUUGGGGUUGGACUGCUGCUAGAAAUGCUCCAGGUUCUUUCGCUCUUUUCGGUGGUAAUGCUUUUGCUAAAGAAUAUGUCUUAGGUUUAAAGGAUUAUUCUCAAGCUACUUGGAGUCAAAACUUUGUCAGUUCAAUCUUUGGUGCUUCUGCUUCUUUAAUCGUUAGUGCUCCAUUAGAUGUCAUCAAGACAAGAAUCCAGAACAGAAAUUUCGAAAACCCAGAGUCAGGUUUCACUAUUUUGAAAAAUAUGGCCAAGAAUGAAGGUAUCACUGCUUUCUUCAAAGGUUUAACUCCAAAAUUAUUAACCACUGGUCCUAAAUUAGUGUUUUCAUUUGCCUUGGCUCAAUCUUUGAUCCCAACUUUUGACAAGUUGUUUACUAAAUAGAGUGUGACGAUUUGAUAGAUCAUCAAAC